AUGGAGCCGCUUCUCAUGCUCACCGCGCUCCUCCUCGCGCACGCGGUGGCUACCCUGGUGCGCGCGGCCGUCGCCCGCCGGCGGCGCUCGCGGUGCUACCUGCUGGACUACGUGUGCCACAAGCCGAGCGACGACCGCAAGGUGAGCACGGAGGUCGGCGGCAGCUUGAUCCUGCGCAACAACCGCCUCGGCCUCCCCGAGCUCCGGUUCCUCCUCCGCGUCAUCGUCCGGUCCGGCAUCGGCGAGCACAGCUACGACCCGUGCAGCAUCCUGGAGGGCCGCGAGGACUCGCCCACCCACCGGGACGCGCUCGACGAGAUGGACGCCUUCUUCGACGAGGCCAUCGCGGAUCUCUUCGUGAGGACCGGCAUGUCGCCCGGGGACGUCGACGUGCUCGUCGUCAACGUCUCCCUUUUCUCCCCGGCGCCGUCGCUUGCCUCCAGGGUCGUGCGCCGCUUCGCCAUGCGCGAGGACGUUGCCGCGUACAGCCUCUCCGGCAUGGGGUGCGGCGCCGGCCUCGUCGCGCUCGACCUCGCGCGCAAUGCGAUGCGGGCUCGGCCGGCGUCCACGCUGGCCCUCGUGGUCUCGUCCGAGUCCAUCGCCCCCAGCUGGUACGCCGGCACCGACCGGUCCAUGAUGCUGGGCAACUGCCUCUUCCGAUCCGGAGGGGCCGCCGCGCUGCUCACCAACGACCCGUCGCUCUGCGGCCGCGCCAAGAUGGCGCUUCGCCACCUCGUCCGCACCAACACCGCCGCCGACGACAAGGCGCACACCUGCGCGCAGCAGCGUGAGGACGACGACGGCCGCGUGGGGAUCAGCCUCGGCAAGGCCUUGCCCGAGGCGGCCGUCCGGGCCUUGACUCUCAACCUGCGGCGCCUCGUCCCGCUCGUCCUCCCCGUGGCCGAGCUCCUGCGGUUCGCCGCCCAGCACGUAUCUAGCAUGCUUCUAUCCCAUUUUGGCAUGCACGUGAAGGCAGCCGGACGUCCCGGCGCCAGGAUCAACUUUAAGACCGGCGUGGAGCACUUCUGCCUCCACCCGGGCGGCGCCGCCGUCAUCGAGGCGGUGAAGGAGAGCCUCGGGUUGGACGACGACGACGUGGAGCCAGCGCGGAUGACGCUGCACCGGUGGGGGAACACGUCGGCGAGCAGCCUCUGGUACGUGCUGUCGUACAUGGAGGCCAAGGGGAGGCUGAAGAGAGGAGAUAGGGCGCUGAUGCUCACCUUCGGGUCGGGGUUCAAGUGCAACAGCUGCCUAUGGGAGGUGACCGGCGACAUGGCUGACAAGGGCGCCUGGGCAGACUGUGUCGAUGAAUACCCACCGGAGAGCACCACCAACCCCUACAUGGACAAGUACAGCUGGGUGAACCAACAAGCUUAAUUAAGGUGAAGUACACCCUGGUGUUCUAGCAACUACAAUAAUAAUUAAGUUUGUGAGUACUCAUUGUGCUUUUUUUACAUAUUUAUAUUUGGAUGAUUACAAGGGUGAUUGUAUCUAAAUCAAAUCCAGGUUUGACCACAUUUUUAUUCGAAAAUGUGCCUGUAUAAAUAGACUUAUUAGAUUUUGAUGAUUUGGUAUCUGUGGUGAUGUUCUCAUUAAUAGUUAGGUGAAUGUAUUAUGUACUGGAAGAUACAAAGUUUUUUUUUCCUUGGGUGGUCAUCUUGGCUUUUGAUAGAUUUUUUUGUGAAUUUCAUCGGUGCUUUUAAUUGCCAUCUUGCUUUUGCAAAUGAGCUGGGUUGCCCUGGCUAUGGCACUUGGUGUAUGGUUUUGUUUUCUAAAUCUUACUAGCCUUGCGACUCCAGCCUACAGUAUACAUUUUUUGAGUGUGUAUGUAGAGUGGUACACAUGUAGACUCAAGAAAUCGUUUGUAUGUUUAUGUAAGUCAACAUGCUGUAUUUGUCAUUUCAAGAAUAAAGAACCUAACAAGCACGCUGAAUCUCAAAAUGUUUUGGUUGAAAUAUAUAUCCUUUUUUGGCUUCUACAUCAAGAGCAUGCAAAUAGUCCAACAACAUUCAUUAUGAUGAAGUUUUAGAGAUAUUUAGAAGUCUAAGAAAUUAAUGGCGUGUUUGGUAGGCCGCACGA